CAUAGCCGAAUGGUCUUCUGGUGUAUUGUGGCCAUUUCUGCGUCAGACUCGCAUCGUCAAAUCGUGUAUAGAUGCGUUAUGCUGUUGCAAGAGCCCUCGUGCAAGCAGGGGACCAGACGAACGUUCCCCUUUACUUGGCCAUGGCGCGGAACAGAACAACUUUCAAGGUGUUAACGGACAUCCCGUGCCACAACCACCGACACCUAGGGAUGAUAGUUCGCGGCCAAUGGCUCCUGUCGGUGCGUCUCAUAGUGAUGCGGCCCUCGAUGGCACAGUUGCAGAAAGAGAGAAGAUAUCACAGUCAUGGACGUCGAAUGUGUUGACAGUCACCAUCAUCCUCGCUUCUAUCGGCUGGUCCGUUUGGGGCUCGUUUGCAACUCAGCUGCCUACUGACAGCGUCGGCAUUUUAUCCUCAAAGUAUUGUGGAGUGUGGAGCUUGAAGGCAGGCGCUGGCGAAGCCGCAAGAGCUGAUGAUGCAUUGAUUCGAUCCCGGAAGGAAAGAAGAGCCGGCGACUACGCCCGUGCUUGUUACGGCAAUCGCAGUGUGAACAGCCCGUCACAGUGCUCAUUGUUUAGCAAUCAAACCAUCGGGUAUCAUUCGAAACGUAUACCUUGUCCCUUUGUCAAAAAGUCCAUGUGUGCUGGGAACGGACUUGACGAUGCCAUACGCUUCUGGACCGAUCCAGUCGAUGCAAGCAUUAUCGGAGUCAACGUUGACCAAAGACCAAAGUUCAAGCAUACAACCAUCUGUGCACCCCUGAAUAUCGACCAAGGCUUCGUUCGAAAAGUCACGCCUGCCGAUCCCCAAGACGACGACAUCUACCAAUAUUACCUUGGCCCAGUGGACGGCGGACAGGCCAAUUUCACGUUCCGAACAGUGGGCGAUCCUUUUUAUACCAGGAUACCUGCCUACUCAGUCAGUACUUAUGAGUCGACGCCAUAUGGGCCGGACUAUGACUACUGGGAUCCAAGUGCAGACUUGGAUCUUGAUCAGGCCGUUGUGACGCAGCGCGGCGACAGGUUCAUGACCAUCUUGUUUAUAUCGAGCUGUCAUAUCAUCUACAGGGGCCAUUCCGACGACCCCAUUUUUCCAGCUACCCUCCCGCACCCGGAAAACUCGGGUCGCUAUCGCAAUGGAGAUGUCCGAGCUCGUCCGCUGGUCUGCAUUGACUGGAAUGAGGUGUGCCUUCGAGACGACCUAUGCCACACGGUCGAGGACGAAUAUCCUCCAAAGGAAAACCCGGGGUACACUGUCGCCUAUGAGUUCACAAGAUCAGCUCUGCGGGAGGCAACGGUGUACAGGUCAAUCAAGGCCCGCCUUGGGAACGCUCUGAUUGCGAACGAACGACUGGCAGACUAUGAGUCGUUCCGAUUGCCACGGGAUCAAUGGGUGGAAGAGAGCGAAGCGCUGUUCCAAACUUCACUCGCACGGAUCCAGUGGGACGCGUUCGACGUUGCUGUGGGCGCCGGACACGACGCCGAGUACUACACUGACAUCACCCCUCGCUGGGCGCGAAACGAGAAAAUGUGCGGCAUGUACAAAGUCCAGUUGCCGCAAGGGUAUGCGAACAUCAAUUUCUGGCCGAACUUCUGGAUUUGCUUCAGCAUUGCGCUGGUCGUCUUCUUGGGCUGUGAGUCUCCUUGGGGCGACUUCGAUGAUGACCUGAGGCCCCAUUUCAAAGGGAGGCCGCUUUUUUUCGACCUCAUUGGGAUCGGAAUAUGUUGGCUCAAACGCAAGGUCGACGGAAAGCUGCAAAAACCACAACCCCCUACAGCAGCAGCAGCCGCCCCGCCAUCUGCGCAAAGCCAUCCGGGCCAACUCCAGAUUGAGUGGCCCCAGCAGCAUAUGGCUCAGAGAUGAUGAUUUUUUCAGUAUGUUAGACGCGACAGGCUGUCCCUCCCCGGCCCUAAUCUGUGCUCGUUUUCACCAUCUAGUCUGUUGUUGGAGGAAAGGCGAGGGGUGACUAGGCCUCUAUCAUAUGGAGAACCCCAGGACAGUUCGUCGCUGCGAGCAUGUCAUGUCUAGUACGUGUGAAGUUGUCAUAACCGCCUGACUGGAGACGGCAGGAUAGAAAGGAACUCGAAGACAUCGACCGCAAAAGCGAAUAAGCAUUGUGUCACGGAUAGGGAUAGGGCUUUGAGGCGAACGCGUACUACUUUGCAUUUGCUAAUCACCGCC